AUGGAUUCAAAAGUAAAAGUACCUCCACCGUCUUAUCAUUCACCUGAUCGAUUCUCUAAAUGUAAAGCCUUCUUUACUGGAUCAGCAACUACUAGUUUAUUCUCAGUAUCCAACGACUUUUCCUCACUUUCACAUCAAAAAGGAUUCAAAAGUAACUCUUGGUUCUCUUCAACCCAUUCAAAAGAUGAUUCUACUAAAAUAAUACGACGUAUAGCUUCUACUCCCAACGAUAAACUUUUGAAUAUGACUAGACAACAACCCAUUGUUCAUUCUUUAUCUUCUCAACGUUUCCGAAGCUGCAGACGUACUUAUAGUAGUAGUAGUGUCAAGGUUAAGUCUGUCCAAGUUGGACCAUCUAGUUUUACAAAGGUAAGAAUGUUAGGAAAAGGUGAUGUUGGCAAGGUUUAUAUGGUCAAACAAAAAGAUACUGGUAAACUUUAUGCUAUGAAAGUACUUUCCAAACGGGAAAUGGUGAAACGAAAUAAAAUCAAACGUGCUUUGGCUGAACAAGAAAUUCUUACUACAUCCAAUCAUCCAUUUAUUGUCACUUUAUAUCAUUCUUUUCAAAGUCAAGAUUAUCUUUAUUUUGUAAUGGAAUAUUGUACUGGUGGUGAAUUCUUCCGAGCCUUACAACUACGCCCUGGAAAAUGUUUGAAUGAAGAAGGAGCAAAAUUUUAUGCUGCUGAGGUUACCGCUGCAUUGGAAUAUCUACAUUUACAUGGAUUUAUUUAUCGUGAUCUCAAACCUGAAAACAUAUUGCUUCAUCAAACUGGGCAUAUUAUGUUAACUGAUUUUGAUCUUAGUAAAGGUUCAAGUCCUCCUGGUCAACCUGGAGUGGUCAAGUCUCAAUUACCUCACAUGCCUCCUUCCAUUGAUACGAAAAGUUGUGUACAUCAUUUACGUACAAAUAGUUUUGUUGGUACUGAAGAAUAUAUUGCCCCUGAAGUGAUCAAAGGUUGUGGACAUACUAGCGCUGUUGAUUGGUGGACACUUGGUAUUUUGAUCUAUGAAAUGUUGUAUGGUAUUACUCCUUUCAAAGGAUCAAAUCGAAAUGACACUUUUGCAAGUAUUAUGGAUCAUGAUAUCACGUUUACUGAACAACCAAUACCCUAUUUAUCUACUCUCUCAACACAUUGUCGUCACCUAAUACGAAUGUUAUUACAAAAAGAUGAACAGAAAAGACUUGGAUCAAGAGCAGGUGCUUCGGAUAUCAAAUCUCAUCCUUUUUUCAAAUCUAUCAAUUUUGCCUUACUUCGACAUUUGGAACCACCUAUUUUACCUUUGAUUCAAAGUCCUGAUGGGAUCGACGCUUUAAACUUUCGGAAAAUGGCUGCUGAAAGUAUCAGUUUAGACUUAGAUUUGGAUCACGUUUUGGUCAAUGUUACUUUAUCAUCAUCUACUCAAGAUAAUACUAAAAUUCAAUCUUAUCAUCAUAAUCCUUUUGAAAACUUUAGUUCUAUUACUCUUCAUCAUGAUGGUGAUUCAGAUUCUGAUACAUAGUUUUAUUAUUACCUAUUUUUAUGAUUCCCUUUCUUUUUAUCAUUAUAUCUAUUUCCAUUUACAUACUUCUUAGGCAUAUUUCAAUUCAUCAUUCUCUUUUAAUAAUAAAUGAAUUCCUUUUUUUUUUAUUGUCU